AUUCAUAAUAAUAAUAAUCUUUUCUCGCGCUCCUCCGCAACCUUCAACUGUCUCGCUCUACAUCCUCAUCCUACUCUCCAUACUCUGCCUCAUAUCUCACCUCUCGUCCUGUCGAUUAAUCGCACCUCCCAGCCUCUCCUCUACAAAGAAACUACGUCUCGGCGUUAGCAAAAGGAUCCCCGGCCUUUUCUGCGCUACCGGACACUCCUGCGAUUUUUUGGGGAUAAAGUGUUGUCUUCUUCACAACCUCACUCCGAACUUUUUAGAGAUCCCGUCCCGAGGAUCCCUUUGUAUCUCAUACUAUACUACGCUAUAGGCGCACUUUACAAUUCUUGUAAUCGCCUGUACAGAGUCUGUCAGACGCCUCAUCUGAUCAUAAUCGGGUCCCAGCUCUCCGCCCGGCCCCCGUAACUCAACAAAUCACGCCUCCCUCGAACUUCUUUUCUUUCACUUUCUCAGUCAGCGAGCUCUCUACAUCACAAUGGCGCAAGCCAACGGACACUCGAAUGGCUAUCCCAGUGCUAAUGCCGCAAGAUACGACCUCCCCGCUCACUUCAUCGGCGGCAGCCAUCUUGGUGUCGCCAGACCGAGCAAAGUCAGAGAAUUCGUGGCUGCGAACGGCGGCCACACUGUCAUCACAAAUGUACUAAUCGCAAAUAACGGUAUUGCGGCGGUCAAAGAAAUCCGCAGUGUCAGAAAAUGGGCAUACGAGACAUUUGGCGACGAGCGAGCUAUUCAAUUCACAGUUAUGGCUACACCAGAAGAUUUACAAGCCAAUGCAGACUACAUUCGCAUGGCUGACCAAUAUGUUGAAGUUCCUGGUGGGACCAACAACAACAACUACGCCAAUGUCGACUUGAUUGUCGAUGUUGCUGAACGCAUGGGUGUACACGCCGUGUGGGCUGGAUGGGGUCACGCAUCUGAAAAUCCGAAACUUCCUGAAUCUCUCGCCGCAUCGCCAAACAAGAUUGUGUUCAUCGGUCCUCCGGGAUCAGCGAUGCGAUCUCUGGGUGACAAGAUCUCGUCCACUAUAGUUGCACAGCACGCCGGUGUGCCGUGUAUACCCUGGUCGGGCGAAGGCGUCAAGGAGGUCGAGAUCGACGACAAGAACAUCGUCACGGUCCCAGAUCACGUUUACGACAAGGGUUGCACACAUUCUCCCGAAGAAGGUUUGGCAAUGGCUAAGAAGAUCGGCUUCCCGGUCAUGGUCAAGGCUUCAGAAGGAGGUGGUGGCAAGGGUAUCCGCAAGGUCGAGGACGAAAAGUCUUUCCAUGAGCUGUACCGUGCAGCCGCAAGCGAAAUCCCCGGUUCACCCAUAUUCAUCAUGAAACUCGCUGGAAACGCGAGACAUUUGGAAGUGCAAUUGUUGGCCGACCAGUACGGAAACAACAUUUCUUUGUUCGGUCGAGACUGCUCGGUGCAACGACGUCACCAAAAAAUUAUCGAGGAGGCCCCGGUCACAAUUGCUGGCCCCGAAACUUUCCAGGCUAUGGAGCGUGCCGCUGUCUCGCUCGGAAAACUGGUCGGCUAUGUCUCUGCUGGAACCGUCGAAUACCUGUAUUCCCACUCCGAUGACAAAUUCUACUUCCUAGAACUUAACCCGCGUCUUCAAGUCGAGCAUCCGACAACAGAGAUGGUUAGCGGUGUCAACCUACCCGCGGCUCAGCUACAGAUUGCCAUGGGUCUGCCACUUCAUAGAAUCAGGGACAUCCGAACACUCUACGGCGUGGAUCCACACGCUGAUACUGAGAUCGACUUUGAUUUCAGCAAGGAAGGUAGUGAGGUGAACUACCGCAGACCAAAGCCAAAGGGUCACACGACAGCUUGUCGUAUCACAUCCGAGGACCCCGGUGAAGGUUUCAAGCCAUCCAGCGGCACUAUGCACGAACUAAACUUCAGGAGUAGUUCUAAUGUUUGGGGCUACUUCUCUGUCAGUUCGGCGAGUAGUAUCCACAGCUUCUCGGACAGUCAAUUUGGUCACAUUUUCGCUUAUGGUGAGAACCGAACAGCCUCGCGAAAACACAUGGUCAUCGCGCUGAAAGAAUUGAGCAUUCGCGGUGACUUCAGGACGACCGUCGAAUACCUAAUUAAGCUUCUUGAGACUCCGGCUUUCGAGGACAACACUAUUACGACGGGCUGGUUGGAUGAACUCAUCACCAAAAGACUUACUGCAGAACGCCCAGAUCCUAUGGUGGCCGUCAUUUGUGGUGCUGUAACGAAAGCUCAUGUUGCAAGUGACGCGUGUAUGUCAGACUACCGUGCCAGCCUAGAGAAAGGUCAGGUUCCACCCAAGGACUUCUUGAAGACUGUAUUCCCGGUCGACUUCAUUUACGAAGGCAACCGCUACAAAUUUACUGUUACUAAAUCCAGCGCGGACAGCUACACGCUUUUCAUCAACGGCUCGAAGGCGCAAGUCGGUGUGCGAGCUUUGGCAGAUGGCGGUCUUCUGAUUCUGCUGAGCGGCAAGAGUCACAAUGUAUACUGGAAGGAAGAAGUCGGCGCUACGCGUAUUAGUGUGGACAGCAAGACCUGCUUGCUCGAGCAAGAAAACGAUCCAACCCAACUCCGCACUCCUAGCCCUGGUAAGCUAGUCAAGUUCACCGUGGACAACGGUGCACAUGUGAGCAAAGGUUCGGCCUUCGCCGAAGUUGAGGUCAUGAAGAUGUACAUGCCUCUCAUUGCUCAAGAGGAUGGUGUUGUGAAUCUUAUCAAGCAGCCGGGAGCAACGCUCGAAGCUGGAGAUAUUCUCGGUAUACUCGCUCUGGAUGACCCAAGCAAAGUCAAAUCCGCACAGCCCUUCUUGGGCCACCUUCCCGAUCUCGGUCCACCACAAGUCAUGGGUAGCAAACCUCCCCAACGAUUCGUAUACCUUUUCGGAGUAUUGCAACACAUCCUAGAAGGAUUCGAUAACCAGGUCAUCAUGAAAGAUUCUUUAGAAGAGCUGAUCGAAGUGCUCCGCAACCCAGAGCUCCCAUACGGAGAAUGGAAUUCGCAAGCUUCUGCUCUGCAUGCUCGUAUGCCGCAGAAGCUUGACCAGUCCCUGGCUCAGAUUGUCGAGCGUGCGCACCAAAGAGGUCUCGAGUUUCCGGCUAAGGCCCUCACGAAAUGUUUCAACAAGUUCCUAGAAGAGAGUGUCUCCUCAGGUGAUCGCGACAUCCUGCGAUCCGCUUUGGCUCCCUUGGUUGAAGUGAUGAAGAACUACACCGAGGGUCUCAAGCACCACGAGCACGACGUGAUGAUAAGUCUUCUCAUGCACUACUACAAUGUUGAGAAGCAAUUCUCAUCCCGUGACUCUCGCGAUGAAGAGGUCGUCCUAGCACUUAGAGAUUCCAACAGGGAUAAUCUGGGUAUGGUUGUGCAAACUAUCUUAUCGCAUACUCGAUGCUCCGCGAAGAACAAUCUCAUAGUUGCCAUCCUCGAUGUUUACCGACCUAACAGGCCUAAUGUUGGCAACGUCGCAAAGAACUUCAAGAGCACGUUGCAGAAACUCACUGAGCUUGAUUCCAAGCCCACUUCUAGAGUAUCUCUCAAGGCCCGCGAGCUGCUUAUCCAGUGCGCUAUGCCUUCGCUCGAGGAGCGCACGUCGCAGAUGGAGCACAUUCUCCGGUCUUCGGUUAUCGAAUCGAAGUAUGGUGAAAGCGGCUGGGAUCAUCGCGAGCCCAUGUUCGAAAUCCUCAAAGAAGUUGUCGAUUCCAGAUUUACGGUAUUCGAUGUCCUACCUCAGUUCUUCGCGCAUAAGGACCCAUGGGUUGCCUUGGCGGCUCUGGAGGUCUACACCCGCCGAGCAUAUCGUGCCUACCAGCUGAGAGCUAUCCACUACAAGACGGAAGGAGAAGCACCCUUCAUUCUAUCCUGGGACUUCGCUUUGCGCAAGGUUGGCGAGUCUGACUUCGGCUUACCAGUCGAAUCAUCACACCCGUCGACACCUAGUACUCCACUAGGAAAUGAUGGGUUCAAGCGUAUGUCAUCGUUUAGCGAUCUUAGCUACAUGAAUCGUCGCGGCGAAGAGGAACCCAGCCGCAAGGGUGCCGUGGUCCCGGUCGAGUUCCUAGACGAUGCUGAGGAGUACCUCGCCCGCGCUCUUGAAGUCUUCCCUUCCGUCCGGACACGAAAACCAAGUGGACCUGCUGCUCCCCUCACUGACCCUGCCAAAGCGCGUCGGCCUGCUCCAACUCCUCAGAUUGAUACAUCAACUGACGAGCUAACGAACGUUUGUAAUGUCGCUGUCCGUGAUGCCGAGAGCUACGACGACAAGGAGAUACUGGCUCGUAUCACAUCCAUUGUCAAUGACUACAAGGAAGAACUCCUCGCUCGUCGCAUUCGACGUCUCACAUUCAUCUGCGGUCACAAGGAUGGUACUUACCCUGGAUACUACACAUUCAGAGGCCCCAGAUACGAGGAGGAUGCCAGUAUCCGUCACAUCGAGCCUGCCUUGGCCUUCCAGCUCGAACUCGGACGUCUUUCCAAGUUCAACAUCAAGCCGGUAUUCACCGAGAACAGAAAUAUUCACAUUUACGAGGCUAUCGGCAAAGGUGUAGAGAACGACAAGAGGUACUUCACCAGAGCUGUCGUACGAUCUGGUCGGCUUCGAGAAGACAUUCCACCGUUGGAAUACAUGGGAUCCGAGGCCGACAGAUUGAUGAGCGACAUUCUCGAUGCCAUGGAAAUUAUUGGCAACAACAACUCGGACAUGAACCAUAUCUUCAUCAACUUUUCUACCAUACUUCCAAUCGAGCCUAGCCAACUAGAGGAGGCUCUGGCAGGAUUUUUGGAGCGCUUCGGUCGACGACUGUGGAGACUUCGCAUUACGGGUGCCGAGCUCCGCAUUGUCUGCCAAGAUGCAAACACAGGAGAAGCCUACCCGAUCCGUGUCAUUAUCAGCAACACCUCCGGUUACAUUGUCCAGGUCGAGCUAUACGCAGAGCGCAAGUCUGACAAAGGAAAGCAAUGGCUAUUCUACAGCAUCAACGCUGCUAAGCCCGGAUCCAUGCAUCUAUUACCCGUGGCUACUCCAUAUCCUACGAAGGGAGCUUUGCAACCCAAGCGUUACAAGGCCCACGUCAUGGGUACGCAGUACGUCUACGAUUUCCCCGAGCUGUUCCGCCAAGCCGUUGAGAAUAGCUGGAAUCAAGUCGUCGCCAAACACCCCGGUCUCAAGUCAAGCCAGCCAAAGAAGGGAGAGUGUAUCGAGUACAAUGAGCUUGUUCUGGACGACACUGAUAACCUUGCUGAAGUCAGUCGCGAUCCAGGCACCAACUCCAUUGGUAUGGUCGGAUGGAUGGUGACUGCGAGGACUCCGGAGUACCCUCGUGGCCGCAAGUUCAUUAUCAUUGCCAAUGACAUCACCUUUAAGAUUGGUUCGUUUGGUCCUUUAGAGGACAAGUUCUUCCACAAGUGCUCAGAGCUUGCCAGAAAACUAGGAAUACCGCGAAUCUAUCUUUCUGCAAAUUCUGGUGCACGUCUUGGAAUGGCCGAGGAGCUCAUUCCCCACUUCUCUGUGGCUUGGAACGACCCUGAAAACCCGCAAGCUGGGUUCAAGUACCUCUAUCUGACACCCGAAAAGAAGGCGCACUUCGAGGAGGCUAAGAGAAAUGUUGUCAUCACCGAGAAAGUGGUCGAAGACGGUGAAGUACGCCACAAGAUCACCACUAUCGUCGGAGCUGAGAGCGGUCUUGGUGUCGAGUGCUUGAGUGGAUCCGGUCUCAUCGCUGGUGCUACUUCUCGCGCUUACGAGGACAUCUUCACAGUCUCCCUCGUUACUUGCAGAUCCGUAGGUAUUGGCGCAUACCUCGUCCGCCUUGGACAGCGUGCUGUCCAAAUCGAGGGCCAGCCCAUCAUCCUCACUGGUGCUCAAGCCAUCAACAAACUCCUUGGCCGACCAGUGUAUACGUCGAACUUACAACUUGGUGGAACACAGAUUAUGUACAAGAACGGUGUCUCUCAUCUCACAGCUGCGGAUGACUUCGAGGGUGUGUCGAAGAUUGUUCACUGGAUGUCGUUCGUACCGGACAAGAAGGGCAAUCCGGUACCAAUCUCGCCAUCCAUUGACAACUGGGACCGUGACAUCACCUUUUUCCCGCCACAAAAGCAACCUUACGAUGUGAGACAUCUGAUCGCCGGCAAGCCAGAUGAUGAAGGUUUCCUUUCAGGCCUCUUCGACAAGGACUCCUUCGAGGAGACUCUAGGUGGAUGGGCCCGCACUGUCGUCGUUGGUCGCGCUCGUCUUGGUGGCAUUCCGAUGGGUGUCAUUGCUGUUGAGACACGUUCUGUUGAGAACGUAACGCCAGCUGACCCUGCCAACCCUGACUCCAUCGAGCAAGUCGCUUCUGAGGCCGGUGGUGUCUGGUACCCCAACUCCGCUUUCAAAACCGCUCAAGCACUCAAGGACUUCAACAACGGAGAACAACUCCCAUUGAUGAUUCUGGCCAACUGGAGAGGUUUCUCUGGUGGUCAGCGUGAUAUGUACAACGAGGUCUUGAAAUAUGGUUCCUACAUUGUCGAUGGUCUCGUGAAGUACGAGCAACCAGUUUUCAUCUAUAUUCCACCAUUCGGUGAACUUCGUGGAGGCUCAUGGGUCGUGGUUGAUCCUACGAUCAAUCCACAGAUGAUGGAGAUGUAUGCCGACGAGGAUUCCCGAGGUGGUGUCCUUGAACCAGAAGGUAUCGUCGGCAUUAAGUACCGUAAGGACCGACAACUGGAGACGAUGGCUCGUCUUGACCCUAUAUACGGCGAAUUGAGAGAGAAGCUCACCAAAAACAACCUCCCUCAGGAAGAAGCCGCGAAGCUCAAGGCCAAGAUGACCCAGCGUGAAGAACUCCUUCUUCCAGUCUACGGUCAGAUCAGUAUUCAGUUCGCCGACUUGCACGAUCGCGCCGGCCGCAUGCAUGCCGUCGGUGCGAUCCGCCAACCGCUGCGCUGGCAGAACGCUCGCCGCUUCUUCUACUGGCGUUGUCGACGUCGUCUCAAUGAGGAAUAUAUCCUCAAGCGGAUGGCCGCAGCUGCACCGGCCGACCUUACCAGUCGUGGCAACAACCUCGCACACCUCAAGGCGUGGUCUGCCGUGGCGGACUUUGACAACGACGAUAUGUCGGUCGCGAUCUGGUACGAGGAGAACCGCAAGGAAGUUAAUGCUAAGGUGGAUAGCAUCAAGAAGGAUGGUGUAGCGAAUGAGGUGUCGGCGCUGUUGCGCAAGGACAAAGACAGUGCGCUGAAGGGUGUUGCACAAGCUUUGAGUGUGUUGCCAACAGCAGAAAAGGAGGAAUUGUUGAAGAUGCUACAAAAAGCAUAGACAAGACGAUGAAAAUCCAACUCUGAAGUGUUGUUGCGGCUAGCGAAGUUGAUAGGAUUCGGGACCCUAGAGACGGACCUGGACACAAGGCGCUGAGACAUGGUAUCAUGUGUAAUUAGUAGAUCUUUUUAUUCUGCAUUCCUGUUGCGUUUGGACGGAUGUCAAGGGACUUAUGAGGAUACGUCCUGGAAUCUGACUUAUGUUUGUAUUUAGCAUGUAAUUCUUCUCAUUUUCAAUGCUUGUUUUAUUCGAAUCUAUAUUUGAUAUUCGCAUAGACUAUAAAGCUUCUCGUCUACAUCCGUUAGGCUACU